AUAAAUGAAGUAUGGUUUAAAGUAUAUAGUAAUGGAUCUCAAACGUUCUUCACUGAUCCUUCAUUUCUUUCAAUUUGUAUUAAAUUGAUUUAAAAAAAGGUAAUUCAAUUAAUUAACAAUUGUUAUUCUAAGGUAAAUACUGAAUACAUACUAUAAAUUUCAUUACCAAUUAAUUAGUUAUAAGAAAUUAAAUUAAUUACAAAUUAAAUUGAAUUUUUUAUGCAACUGUAGUGGUAUUUUCGAAAAAUCGUUUUUUAAAGCGAAACGUAAUAUCUUUAUCUGAGUUGAUGUUUCCUUGACAACGUUCUGACUGAAAACCAAAACAUAACGUGGAAAGUUGAAGGAAAGUGUUGCGAUUUACUAAAACUCUGUUUUUAAAAGAAAAAUGUCAUUCCGUGACUUACGAAAUUUCACGGAAAUAAUGCGGGUCCUUGGUUAUCCCAGACUAAUUUCUGUUGGAAAUUUUCGACUACCGAAUUUUCCACUGGUUGCCGAAAUUCUUGUUUGGCUGGUCAAAAGAUUCGAUCCAGAUGCGGACAUAUCUAGCGAGCAUAAUACCGAAGAAGAGCGUAUUUCAUUAAUACGCACAGUUGCUGAAUUUAUGGCUCUGAAGACAAACGUCAAAUUAAAUACAAAAAAGUUAUACCAAGCUGAUGGCUAUGCUGUGAAAGAAUUACUAAAAGUAGCUAUACUACUGUACGAUGCACAGAAUAAUAGCAAUAACAGCAAUAUAAUGUCUGAUGACAGUUUUAAUACUGUUAGUUUCGAUAUUUCCAAUAAAAUAAACGAAUUGAAAUCGACGAGACAACUAGCCAGCCAAUUGACUGUUACUGGUGCAUCACUUUUUGACUUACUGGGGCGAGAAGUUGACCUCAGAGAGAUUCGUAACUCAAAAGUUGCCAGACAAUUUGACACCACAGAAAUCGAGGCUGCCUUGAAAGAUGUUAUUGAAAAUAUACAUAAAGAAAUUGAAGAUACCAAAAAACAAAUUGAGAACGUAAAGGACACGGAGCAAAGUUUAGAUACUAGAAUCGAAAGACGACGUGCCGAACUCGAUAGAAACCAGAAAAGAUUACAAACAUUAAAAAAAGUGCGUCCAGCUUUCAUGGAAGAAUUUGAGAAACUUGAAGUUGAACUAAGAGCUUUGUACGACGAUUAUAUUCAAAAGUUUCGUUACCUUGCGUAUCUUGAACAUCUAUAUGAAGAUGCAGCUAAAGCAGAACAAGAGAGAUUUGAAAGACGGCAAGAAGCAACGCGAAAACAAUUAGAAAAGAUGAGGGCAGAGGAUGCUGACUUUGAAAGCAUGAUGGAAGGAAAUGAUUCUAUAUUACCCACCAAUCUUCAAGAACCUCCACCUCCUCUUGCUAAUAAUAUAGAAAAACAAAACACCGAGAAAGCAGUACCAAGCAGUCGGUUGAAAUCAGCUGGCCGAUCAUCGAGAAUGCAAAUAUCACAGCGUCGUAUUUACGGAAGCAUGUCUGGACGUCAGAGAGGGACUAUUCAAGAAUCGAACGACAGUGGCGGUUCGCUAGAUAGUGACAGUGAUUUGUUGAUCGAUGGUGAUCUCGAUGACGACGACGAUGACGAUAUUUUAGACUCUGUAGGAGGACCAGAGAUCAGGAAUUUUGAUUUGAAGGUUGGGCAAGAAAAACGAGCCGUUAGGAAUCAAAAUACAUAUUGUCGUCGUAUAAUAUUUAUUAACUUCUUCAACACGACCAAACGGCAUGUUGACUGUGGCUUAGCACCGAUCACAUGUACGUAUUUUCACCUAUCCUACGUGCUGCGUGUA